CUUUACCAGUAACACUGCCUUCCUCAACCCGUCAAGGUCUACAGAUAAAUGCGCAGCUUGUGCGACACGAUGACCAAAUAUUUUACAUCAUAUAGUUUGAGAACAAUUUACAGAUUGUGCUAGAUGGCUUCAUGACACAAUUCAACAAGAAUGCAUUUGGUUUUGUUGCUGCUGUUCCUCUUCAGAUAUGGGCAUGGGACCAUAUACAUAUUGGACGUCCCGAUCGAGUUGGAUCUCCGCCGGAUCUGCAUGAUUGUCCAUUGGGUUGUCGGUGGAACAUAGGAUUGCGAUUUCGUAGAAAUGUCAAAGCGACUGACAUCGAGUUUUAUCGCGAUGAGCUAGAUCAGCAGAGGGAGUCACAAGUUACAUGGAUGCCCUAUACGGAGGAUGUUUUGAACGGUCUUCCUGCAUUUUGUCUUGAGGGCUCUGCAAUCUGGCGUUCGAGAACUUCUUUGAUAUGCGCUAUAUAUGUCGAUUACCAUUUACGCUGA